AUGGAAUGCGAUGACUCGCCUAUGACUUUGGGAAGAUGGGAAGACCUCAAUGUUGACAUAUUGUUGAAGAUUUUUGAGUGCUUUGCCAACAUCUCUGAUUCAUCUUCCGACAUCGGAAACGUUAGCUGUAGCGCCGUUUGCAAGGAGUGGCGUUCGACGCUGUGUGAUCCUCGGUUUUGGAACACGCUUGAUUUGUCGACGAUGAAAUCGCAUUUCAUCAAAACCCCAGAUAAACCUUACGUUUAUGUUUGCAGCCGGUCCGAGAUGACACCGACUCGUGUUUUGAAGAUUUCUCUGAGUCUCAGCAAGAUUUAUAACAUGCAUGCACAUGCAGGACAACAACUCGUCGUGCAUCAUGUGCAUGAGGAACAGAAACGACCAAGGGUUCAUGAGGUGGUACGUAUGAAGAAGGGUUAG